AUGACUUUGGCCAUGGGCCACAUCCCUGAACGCACGACGACGCUUGGCCUCUGCAACGCCGACGUGAUGAUGGCGUCUGCAAGCAUCCUCGAUUCGACCGACCAGACAAGGCAAGACCAUUGUGCGUCGACCAAUAAAGCCACGUAUGACAGCGACAGCAGUGACGAUGUCGAGAAAUACCGGCUAGAGUCCAAUCCCGAAAGGCCUUCGAAGAAACCGAUCCAAAACUCCCAGCAUGAUGCGUUCUUGUCUUGGGUCGCCAAUGCAUUCAAGGAGGAUGAUUCAACGGAGUCAACAGAUCAAAGCGAUGAUGUCGACGAUGAAUCUGCCCGAAUCGCAGAAUCUCGUGCAACACCUGCAAAAAUUGUCACGAGUCCUCGUCAAUACCAGCUAGACUUGUUUGAACGUGCAAAACAGCAAAACACCAUCAUUGUACUCGACACAGGAUCUGGGAAGACCUACAUUGCUGUCCUACUGCUUCGACAUGUACUUGCUCUCGAGCUUGAAAACCAUGGACAGCCGAUGAAAACCGCCUUCUUCCUAGUUGACAACGUAGCACUUUGUCAGCAGCAGUACCGAUUCCUUCGGGCAAAUCUGGAAUAUCCCGUGGGGAAAUUCCACGGAGAUAAAGCAAGCAUGGCGCAGGAGCGGGCGGCCCAAAUACAGGAGAAUAUGGUCAUUGUCUGUACUGCGCAGAUCCUCUUGGACCUUCUCGGCAGUGGCCUUUUAACGAUGAGUCAAAUCAACCUGUUAAUUUUUGACGAAGCACAUCAUACCAAAAAGAAUCACCCUUACGCGGGCAUCAUGCGAGAUCACUAUGUUAGGACGAAAGCAGAUCGCCCCCGUAUUCUGGGCAUGACGGCGUCACCUGUUGACUCCAAGACCCGCGAUUUUCAUGCCGCUGCCGUCGAUCUAGAAGCUACCCUUUGUAGCAGAAUCGCCACGGUGUCUGACGAUGCCCUGCUGGCGGGUAUGGGUAGGAAGCAACAGAUUGAACGCGUCGUGAAGUAUGGUCCCCUGCUAGGCCCGACGGGUGCAAUGUCCGCCCUCUUUCUAUCCCUAUCAAAUCUUUGCGCAUAUUCAAACCUCCAAAGUCAUUUGGAAGCUGCUAGAUACGUCUAUUCUGUUAUAGGGUCCUGGGGCGCAAAUCAAUACUGGAAGCAUGUUUUCAAGAGUCACGAUCGGUCUUUGGUAGUGACCGAGCUCGCCAAUGCGGUCGAUGAACUCAGCUGCUAUCACUCCGAGGCAUCUUAUCAGUCUGGAGAGAGGACUAAUGACGAAAUUAUACGGAUGAAGGCUCAGAAGCUUGUUGCAGAUCACUUUCGCAAGGAGCCAGCCGAAAAUUUCUCACCUAAAGUCCAGGUGCUUCAUGAAACUCUUCUUAAGGAAUUCGGAACUAAUCGCAGUACAAGAUGCAUAGUGUUUGUGCAGAAAAGAUACAUCGCCUUUCUACUGUCGGAGGCAUUCAAUCAGACCCUGAUGAAGGUACCACACAUGACGACAGGCUUCUUGGUAUGUCCUUCUUCUCCGGACCUCAUAUCGUAG